GACUCUCCAGCCCCUUUGUGUGAUUUUAUCCACCUCCACAGCACCCACCCGGAGGUGGUGGCUGGGGAACCGCGGACGCUGCCCGGGGUCCCGCCACGUCUGCUUGGACAGCGCUCCCCAUCCUCCGCACCCUGCGCUCCUCCCUGGCCCGGUCCCUGGCCCCAAACAGCAGCCUUUGGGCCGCGUCCCGCCGCUGUCGGCACCCCCGCCCGCCCCGGGGCGCUAGUCUCCUCCGGUCCCGAUCUUCUCCUGGAUUCCCCCCACUUCCCCAUCCCAGACCUCUAACGUGGAGAAAAACUAAAAGCAGUGCAAGGCAGAGUCUCCAAUAAAACGCCCAGUACCUCGAGCCCGAGCGCGAGUGCCGGGCAGCGAGGGGCGCGGGAGGCGGGGAUGGGGCGGCGGGCGGGGGGGACAAUGAGCGCGUGAAGUUACCUGCCCGGCAGCGGCGGGGCCGAGAGCGCUGGGGCCCAGCGGACCAGGCAGGCUGCGCGCUCGGCGUGGACGGGAAAAGAAAAGGAGUUGCUUGAUGUGAGAGUGAAAUGGACGUAAGAUUUUAUCCACCUCCAGCCCAGCCCGCUGCUGCUCCCGCCGCUCCCUGUCUGGGACCUUCUCCCUGCCUGGACCCCUACUAUUGCAACAAGUUUGACGGUGAGAACAUGUAUAUGAGCAUGACAGAGCCGAGCCAGGACUAUGUGCCAGCCAGCCAGUCCUACCCUGGCCCAAGUCUGGAAAGUGAAGACUUUAACAUUCCACCCAUCACACCUCCUUCCCUCCCUGACCACUCUCUGGUGCACCUGAAUGAGGUGGAGUCUGGGUACCACUCUCUGUGUCAUCCCAUGAACCACAAUGGCCUGCUCCCAUUCCACCCACAAAACAUGGACCUGCCAGAGAUCACCGUGUCCAACAUGCUGAGCCAGGAUGGCACACUGCUCUCCAACUCCAUCUCUGUGAUGCAAGAUAUUGGGACCACCGAAGGAGCUCAGUAUGGCUCCCAUCCUCAGAUGGCAGCCAUGAGGCCAAGAGGCCAGCCCCCAGACAUCAGACAGCAGGCAAGCCUGAUGCAGCACGGUCAGCUGACCACCAUCAACCAGUCCCAGCUGAGUGCACAGUUGGGUUUGAACAUGGGAGGCAGCAACAUUCCCCACAACUCCCCUUCUCCCCCUGGGAGCAAGUCAGCAACGCCUUCGCCCUCUAGCUCAGUGCAUGAAGAUGAAGGUGAUGACACCACCAAGAUCAAUGGUGGAGAGAAGCGGCCUGCCUCUGAUAUGGGAAAAAAACCAAAAACUCCAAAAAAAAAGAAGAAGAAGGACCCUAAUGAACCCCAGAAGCCUGUGUCUGCCUAUGCUUUGUUCUUUCGUGACACUCAGGCAGCCAUCAAGGGCCAAAAUCCAAAUGCUACUUUUGGUGAAGUCUCUAAGAUUGUAGCUUCAAUGUGGGAUGGCCUUGGAGAAGAACAGAAACAGGUCUAUAAGAAGAAAACCGAGGCUGCAAAGAAGGAGUACCUGAAGCAACUAGCAGCAUACAGAGCCAGCCUUGUAUCCAAGAGCUACAGUGAUCCUGUUGAUGUGAAGACAUCUCAGCCACCCCAGCUGGUCAACUCCAAGCCGUCAGUGUUCCAUGGGCCCAGCCAGGCCCACUCAGCUCUGUACCUAAGCUCUCACUAUCACCAACAACCAGGAAUGAAUCCUCACCUCACCGCCAUACACCCAAGCCUCCCCAGAAACAUAGCACCCAAGCCGAAUAACCAAAUGCCAGUGACUGUCUCCAUAGCCAACAUGGCCGUGUCCCCACCACCGCCCCUCCAGAUCAGCCCACCUCUUCACCAGCAUCUCAGCAUGCAGCAGCAUCAGCCGCUUGCCAUGCAGCAGCCACUUGGGAGCCAGCUUCCCAUGCAGGUCCAGUCUGCCUUACACUCGCCCACCAUGCAGCAAGGAUUUACUCUUCAACCCGACUAUCAGACUAUUAUCAACCCUACAUCUACAGCCGCACAAGUUGUCACCCAAGCGAUGGAGUAUGUGCGUUCUGGAUGCAGAAACCCUCCCCCACAGCCGGUGGACUGGAAUAACGACUACUGCAGUAGUGGGGGCAUGCAGAGGGACAAAGCACUGUACCUCACCUGAAAAAUCUCAACACGUCUCAUUUCCACUGAGGAAUUCAGGGAAGUCUUUUCAUCAUGGAUUGCUUUGUGCACUCAAGGCAAUUCUUCAUUUUAUUAGAAAAUACAAGUUGCUAAGCACUUAGGACCAUGUGAGCUUGUGGGUCACCCACUCUGGAAGAAAUAGUCAUGCUUCGUUAUUAUUUUUUUAAUCUUUUAUGGACAUUGUUCCUCUUCCCUGAAGGAAGUAUGGACCGUUCUGAUUUCUGUUGGUUUUGCUGUGAAGUACUGCGCUCUAGUAACUGCCUUAGCAACGGUAGAUGUCUGGGGUAAUGGUCCUGGGUUUUCAUUGGUUUUCAUAAUGGGUGUUUAUAUGAAACUACUAAAGACUUUUUAAAUGGCUUGAUGUAGCAGUCAUAGCAAGUUUGUAAAUAGCAUCUAUGUUACACUCUCCUAGAGUAUAAAAUGUGAAUGUUUUUGUAGCUAAAUUGUAAUUUGAAACUGGCUUACCCCAGUUUGUUUAUUUCACAGAGGGGUUAAAUUGGCAAACAUUCAUAUUUUUACUUCAUUUUUAAAAACAACUAAUAGUUCUAUAUUUUCAAAAUACUUGAAAAAAUAUUCCCAAAUGAUUUUAAUUUAAAAACAAAUUGGCUUUGUCUUAUUGAUCAGACAAGAAGAACCUAGUGUGGAGGGAGGGAAGCGCAAACACAUUUAUUUUGUAUUGCAAAAAAAAAAAAAAAAAGAAAAGAAAAAAUCCUUUUUUGUAUCACUUUUGUGUAACGGUUAGUAAAUGUCAUCUAUCUAAGUCCUUUUAUGUAUAAAGCUGCCAAAUGCUCACCCGGUAUCUUAGCUGCAGAACCAGGUUGGAAAGCGCUAAACGAUCAUCUUUAUGGCUCUGUAUUAUUGUUUCCUCAUACCGUGUCUGUAUUUAAUCUUUUUUUUUUAUGGAACUUGUUGCGCCUAUUUAUGAAAUAAUAAAUAUAGGUGUUUGUAAGUAAAUUUGUUAGUAUUUGAAAGAGGUUUCAUUGCUGUUUUAAUUUUUGCUGGCAAAAAAAAAAACCCAUGCUUGGUGUGAAUACUUAUUAUUUAGUUCUUACAGUGACAUGAAUAAAACCAAAUCUGCUUUUCAUUUAGUAGCAAAUUAGAGUAAUGAAUCUGUAUUUCUGCAUAUCUUUUGUUGACAUAAAUGAAAUACAAUUUUACUUAGCAACCUUCUUUCCUUGUACAAUACAACAGAAAAACACCCCAAAAGUCUCACACACUCCAUGCCUAAACAAAUACCAGUGCACCCUCUUCUUAAAAUGAGCUGUUUCUCACUUCUCAAUUCCAAAACAUGCUCUCCCCAUUUAAAAAAAAAAAAAAAAAAAAUUCAAGUUGAGUCACCAAAAAUUCCUCAAGCCACAUGCUUCUCACGGCAUCCAGAAAACAAUUUAAGAAUUGACCAAGGGCUCAGGAAGAGAUCAAAAGAAGGCAUAGUCUUUAGAAUCAGCCUAGAAAUGAAAGGUAAGUAACCAGACAGCCAAAAAAAUCGGAAAAGCAGCCAGAACUGGAAGCAGUUGCUAGAAGUUGAGAGUCCUACUAUCUCUCAGGCCUCCACGUCCUUCCUUUCCACACACCCUAGGUCCCUACUUGGGAUUUGCUAAGAGGGGUUUGCAUAGCUUUGACAACAAAAGGGAGGGUGAACCAAUGUCUCCCUUCCAGGGGGAUUGUAUCCCGUAAAUUAAUCUGGUUGGAAAUCAAGGGAAUAGCUGUUUGGUGGAAUGUAUGAAAUAACUUCAGCAAUUUAAAUACAAAUACAUUAUGUAAUCCAGUCAGAAUUAAAAAGACAAAAGGCUUGCUUGCUUUGGAAUGAUUUUCAAGCAUUGUACAACAUUGAAUCACUCAGCAUGUAAUAACUAAUAAAUAAUGCAGAUCCAAUGUUAUUAAAAUGACUGGGGCUGAGAGCUCGAAUUUUCCUGUCUUGAUAUUGUAUAAGAACUCAUGUGAUUAAGUUCAUGGUUUAUUAUUUGGUUGUUUAGUAUUUUAGAAAUAUAUGAGCACUACUAAUUUA